AGGCAGUGGGCUCCGAGUCAACUGGUAUGACCGCGGGCACUGGGUCAGACAUUGGAUCGUCUGACUGGACAGCGGGCACUGGGUCACCAGGCAUCAGGUCAUUUGGCUCGACAGCGGGCACCGCGUCAUCUGGCAAGGCAGUGGGCUCCGAGUCAACUGGUAUGACCGCGGGCACUGGGUCAGACAUUGGAUCGUCUGACUGGACAGCGGGCAUCGGGUCACCAGGCAUCAGGUCAUUUGGCUCGACAACGGGCACCGCGUCAUCUGGCAAGGCAGUGGGCUCCGAGUCAACAGGCACGACAGUGAGCACCGGGUCAUCAGGUACCGGAUUGUCUGGCUCGACAGGGGGCAUCGGGUCACCAGGCAUCAGGUCAUUUGGCUCGACAGCGGGCACCGGAUCAGGUACCGGAUCAUCUGGAUCAACAGCGGGCAUCGAGUCAACUGGC